GCCGUCGCCGUCUCGAUGCUUAUCGGCCCCCUGUUGUCUGUGCAGGUCCUCUGCCUGGCCGCCGUGGCGCUCGCCCGGCCCCAGGAGUACGCCCAGCAGUACUCCGGCGCCAGCAGCUCCGGCGCCGUGACCACCGUCACCGAGCGCACCUUCACCAUCCGUGGUGAGGCCGACAACAACAACAAGCAGUACGACAACCAGUACGCCAGCGGCGUGUCCUCCUACUCUGCCGGCGCCAGCGGCGUCUCCCAGCCCGGCUACUCCUUCGAGACCGUCGCCACCGCCCAGCCCGCCCAGCAGGAGUCUUACGCCCAGAACUACCAGCAGUCCUACCAGUCUGCUCCCGCCUACCAGCAGUCCUACCAGCAGUCCUACCAGGCUGCUCCCGCCUACCAGCAGUCCUACCAGCAGACCUACCAGGCUGCCCCCGCCUACCAGCAGUCCUACCAGCAGACCUACCAGGCUGCCCCCGCUGUUGCCUACCAGGCUGCUUACCAGGCUGCCCCCGCUGUCGCCUACCAGGCCGCCCCUGCUGUUGCCUACCAGGCUGCUCCCGCUAUCGCCUACCAGGCUGCCCCCGCUGUUGCCUACCAGGCCGCCCCCGUCGCCUUCACCGCCGUGACCGCCGCCCCUGCUGUCUCUUACCAGGCCGCCCCCGUCGCCUACCAGCAGAACAACUACGCUUCCAGCGUUGGUGUCCGCUCCCAGGAGAGCUACGACUCCAGCCUUCAGCAGUCCCAGGUCUCUGGCGCUGAAGAGAAGAUCUACAAGCACGUCUACGCCUUCGCUGCCCCCGAGGAGCCCGCUGUCCGCGCCUCCGUCCGCGUCCAGGCCCCCGUCAACAAGAAGAAGCACUACAAGCUCGUCUUCAUCAAGGCCCCCCAGCAGCAGACCGUUGUCGACUCCGACAUCACCCUCCCCGCCCAGGAGGAGGAGAAGACCCUCAUCUACGUUCUGUCCAAGAACCAGAAGCAGGUGCAGCCCGAGAUCCGCAUCAAGCAGGCCCAGUCCUCCAAGCACGCCAAGCCCGAGGUCUUCUUCCUGAAGUACAAGAACGAGCAGGAAGCUCAGGCUAUCGCUUCCGGCGCCAUCAGCGGCCAGAGCGCCGACGUGCCCGCCCAGGGAGAGAUCAUCUCCGACGGCUCCGUCUCCAUCCUCGGCAAGAGCUCUGGCGCCUCCUCUUUCGGUGGCUCUUCCUUCGGUAGCUCCAGCUCCUCCUUCGGUAGCUCCAGCUCUUCCUUCGCCGCCCCCUCCUUCGGCGCCUCCAACUUCGGCAGCUCCUCCCUCGGCAGCUCCGUCGUCGCCAGCCCCUCUUCUUACGCCGCCCCCUCCUUCGGCAGCUCUGCCUUCAAGUCCAACGCCGGCACCUCUGGCUCCACUGGCUUCUCUUUCGGCUCCCAGAUCAACUCUGGCUCCUUCGACGGUGCUAACUACGGCACCCGCUCCAGCUUCUCUAGCUACAACCAGGAGCCCGCCAGCGUCGCCAUCAAGGUGACCCAGGAGCCCGUCAGCGCCACCGCUUCCUCCCUCUCUCUUUAGGUUUUUAAAUUUUAUAAUGUAUUUCUCACUAGUGCCAUGACAAUUACCAAAUUUUUGUGAUACACAAACCUAGACAAAACGAAUUGAAUUACCGUGGGAAUGUGUAACCGUACAACAAACAAUAAAAAUAGCUAGCAAUUUUUCAUA